CGAAAGACGGCCGGCAAAGUUGAGAGAAUUUUUCGAUUUUUCGAUAUGGCGGAAGAAGAAAUUGGUCGAGGAAAAUUUCCUAGUUUUCUGAUUCUAGUUCAAGGUCUUUUACUUAUUUUAUUCGUAGUUUUUGUCGAAUAUGACAGCGAUGUACUGCCUGAUGCUGCAGAGCCUUCUAAAAUAGACACAAAAUACCCAGUAUUUCAAGAUCUUCAUACCUUAAUCUUGGUUGGAUUUGGGUUGCUUAUGACUUUUCUGAAGCGGUAUGGAUUUAGUGGAUUGGGGUACAAUUUUCUCAUCUCUGCUCUGACCAUACAGUGGGCUACRAUUAUGCAAGGAUUUUUUGAAAUACGAGAAAAUAAGAUUUUCCUUGGAAUUGACAGCAUAAUUAAAGCCGACCUCUCAGCAAUAACCAUUCUAAUUACAUUUGGUGCCGUUCUUGGAAAAACCAGUCAUUUACAGCUGCUUGUCCUUGCCUUUUUUGAAGUAGUUUGUUACRUUGCUAAUAGAAGCAUAUGUAUCAAGUACAUGCACGCUGUUGACUCUGGUGGCUCRAUAUAUAACCAUUUAUUUGGUGCUUGUUUUGGACUGGCGGUAGCAAGGAUAUUGUAUAAUAAAAAAGCUGUUGCACAUGACAAGGAAAUCCAUUAUUGAUAAAAAAGCUUCAUAUCCAUGAUACCUGUGGUGUAAUAAGCUUGCAUGGUUUACCUGGGAUGGUUGCUGCUAUAGCCAGCUCAAUAUCAGCUGGACUGGCCAGCUAUAAACAAUAUAAGACAAGUUUGUAUAUGGUCUUCCCAGCCCGUGCACCUGUGUUUAACAGCACUCAGUACUUUGAGCUGGCCAAAACAGCUGCAGAUACUCCCAGUGGGCUGGCGAGAAGCGCUGGUCAACAGGCAGGUUUCCAGUUGGCUGCUUUUGUAUUGACAAUYGUUAUUUCAAUCAUAGGUGGACUGCUUACAGGGCUUAUCAUCAAGCAACAGUUCUUUGAUCCUUUAAGGGAGAAAGAGCUUUAUGAGGACCGACACUUCUGGGAG